AUGUCGAUCUCAAGUAGGUCUUUCAACCUAUUCACAAAAAGGGAAGAAGAAUCAACUCAUCAGAUCUAGUGAGAAAGCGCCUCUCCCAAUCUCAACUUUGCACAUUCCAGGCAAAAAAGUCUAUGUGGUGAAUUCCCCACACCUCAUCCAAGCUGUUCAAAAGCAACCAAAGGCCCUAUCUUUUAGACCUAUCGAAGCCAAGCUCUCAGGUGCAGUCUGUGGCCUCAGCCAGAAAGCCCGCGAUCUGAUAAUGAAGAACGUCAAUGGGACUGAUGGCAAUUGGGGAAUAUCGGCCGAACUGUAUCCCCUCUUCAAGGAAUCAUUGAAGCCAGGCAAGGGAUUAAAUGCUCUGAAUAAUGUUAUGAUCCGGGUUGUGGGCGAUGCUUUGGAUUCGUUAGCUGAAAGUGUGACGGUAAAUAGCGAGAAGAAGACUAUGAAUUUGAAUGCUUGGUGUAGAGAGGUGACCUUUUCGCGCUUUCGGAGGGGGUACAACUUUGUGCCCAGGAAGACAUUUCGCAACGAAUGAGGUCUUAGCUUUGGUAUCGAUGUUCUUUUCGAGGUUCGAGAUCGAGCCUACGAAGGGAACUUGGAAGAUUCCCAAGACCGACAACACGAGAGUGCAAACUGUGAUUAUGGAACCUGAUGAUGAUAUUGAGGUAAGCAUCUUUACGAGAGGAAUUCCGGAGGGUGUGAAGUGGAAGUUUGGUUUGCGGGAUUCCACCUCCUUUUUGGCUAUGGCGAACGAGGACAAGUUGUAG